AUGUCUGCCUGUCCUCUCGGGUACGGAGGGGACGCCAAGGAUGCCCUCAGCUCCAAGGGCUCGGAAUCUCCACCUGCUGAGUUGAGUGGGAAACGAGAGGUGUCCACGAUCCCUUCGGCGGACGGAUCCAAUUUUCUGUACCCCUCGGAGAAGCAGUUCUUCACCUCAGCCACUGCGAAGGGUCAUGAACUGGACCCGCAGGACAUGAGCAUGGUCAUUGCGAUCCACAACGCGGUCAACGAGCGCACCUGGCAAGAUAUUCUCAAGUACGAGAAGUUGCACGACUGCGCAGAUCCCAAGUUGAUCCGCUUCCUUGGACGACCGGGGGAGUUGACACCCAAGGCACGUUUGGGCAGCCUUUUCGGGCGAACCUUGCCGUUUGAUCGCCACGACUGGCAUGUGGACCGUUGUGGCACGCAUGUACGAUAUGUGGUGGAUUUCUACGAUGGACAGCAGAGCCCAACACAUCCAGUGUCCAUCCACAUCGACGCCCGUCCUGAACUCUCAUGGGCUGGGCUGAAAGAUCGCCUGAUGCUUUGGUGGCGAGGCUGA